AUGAGUGAUACUAGUAGUAGCACUAAUACAUCACAAAUCCCAGAACGCAAGCCACAAUUGAAGAAGAGGAAGUCGUCAAGUUUUUCAAGCAACAAAACUCAUUUAACGCCACAUUCUUCCGUAACGACGACACAGAGACGCUAUUCUAGAGAAGAAAUAAUAAAUAAAAUGGAAAAUGAACAAGAUGCUAUAGUGGUCAGGCUUCUAAGAGAAAUUAAUGAUCUCAAAAAGGAGAGAAAUAUGUUAAGGAACCAACUAAGUAAAUUCACAAAUGUACCAGCAAGAACAAACGUUGUUGAAGACGAUUUCGCGGUAAUUGAUGAUAAUGAUACCUACACACAUCAAUCAUUUGAUCCAUCUAUUGCCAUAAAUACUCCAAGUAACUCCCGAAGGGCUAGUUCUUCUACUUCAAACUCAAUAUACCCAGUAGAAACUCCAAUGUUCAAACAGCCACAUUCUAGUGCAGCUGAGCAUUUACUUCCAAGUAAUUUCCGUACGAGUGAAAAUAACAGGAGGAGGAGGAGAACUUCUAAUAAUAUGGACAUGAACCGCAGGCAUUCUCUCCUGAAUCAGGCUUCAAUGAAAUGA